AUGCCGCCAGCUGUACACCCAUUCCUCACAAGCCACUUCACCCUUUUGGGCAAGAAAGACAACAAUUCCAAGCGGAAAGAGUAUGCCUGCAACCACUGCGAAACAAUACUUGAGCACCGCGAGAAUCGCGCUUUCAAGCACUUCACCACUGGCCUCUGCACUGGCUCACCACCUCCAGAGGUAGCCACCGAAGCAUAUGUGGCCAUGGCCCAGAAGACUACAGGAAAGGGGAGCCGAAAACGAGGAUGUCCCGAGGACGAUGGUGACGAGGAUCAGGAGACUGAUGUCAAUGUUGUCCGCAACUCGGACCAGCCUCCAGCGAAGAAGGCCAAAGUCACACUCACAAAAGGCAGCAACCUACUUGGCUAUGUCGACACACCCAUGAGUGCCACACAAGAAAAUGCCGCAGGACGCAAGCUGCUUCGAUACUUUAUUCAUUCAAAUACUGCAUUUCUUAAUGCGGACAAUAUCUUUCUGGCGGAUUUCACCAAUGAGCUUCGUCCAUCCUACAAGGUCCCUUCUCGUACGACAAUGUCAACUCUCCUUCUCGAUGCCGAGUAUAGCGACACGCACCUCGAAAUGGUAAAGGAAUUGAUGGAUUGGAAGCGGAGCGGAACACUCCUCAUUGAUGGUUGGGAGGACGGAUUACGCCGAUCGCUGUAUGGCACUGCUGUUGCUCGUGUUGGGGAACCCACCAUCGUCAUGGGAUUGCACGAUUUGACUGGCUGUCGUGGCAGUGCCGAGAAGAUAUUCGACGCUGCUGAGAAGUCAAUGACGAGGAUGGGCAUCAAGAACGCCGGCUGCUUUUUAGCAGCAGUGACCGACAAUCCCACCGUUAUGAAGGCUUUUCGAAAGAAGCUUGAGACUAAAUACAAAUGGUUAAUUACGCUUGCGUGUUGGGCCCACGGUCUCAAUACACUUAUCGGCGAGAUCUGCCGUUUUCCAGCCGCGAAAACGGAAAUCCAAAAGGCAAAUCGUGUUGUGACAUUCUUCAAUGGGUCGCAUUACUGGGGCGGCCAGUUGAAGGCAGCCGCGCUCCUGGAAAACAUCAGUCGGGGUCUGAAAAAGAAUUGUGAAUCACGCUGGUAUGCGCUGAUUCUGCUCUUGCUCAGCGUCUCCGCACAUCGUAUGCCACUCAACAACCUGACUUCACGGCCUGAUGCUCGUGUCGCGACCAAUGGGUUCUCCGCUGUCAAUACCGACGUCGUUGCGAUCAUUCGAGACAAGGACGACCGGUUCUGGCCGAUGGUCGGACAAACAAUUCGUAUCGCAAAGCCAUUUGUUGAUGCGAUCGCGCAUUGCGAGGGCCGAGGCGUGAAUAUUGCGGAUUGCAUGCUGCAUUUCCUGGCAGCAGCACGUCAGCUCUCACUUCUCGAAGACGAUCCGCAGGAGGAGCCUACCUUUCGCGCACAUGCAUAUAUGGUUGUCGACAAGCGGUUCAGGAUGAUGGCCACCCCCGUGCAUCGCCUGGGCUUAUUUCUCCAUCCAUUGUGUCGCAAACUUGCUGUACUCACCAUUCCUGGGUUCACGUUCCGCGAUAUCAAGGAGACAGCACUAAAAAUUGCAAAGAAAAAGUGGAAGUGGCCUCAUGAGAAACUUCAGCUACUCUCGGAGGAUAUUGUCACGUACCAUGCAUGUGAGGAGCCAUUUCAAAAAGACGACAGCGAUGCCCCACUUGCUCAAUCUGUGGAGGUCGAAGGAUGGGAGAAGCCGCUGUGUGAGGCUGAUGUCAUUGACGAUAACGAGGGGAAUGCUGUCGAUGCUGCUUUUUCCGAGCUCGAGGAGACAUUACAGGAGGAGGACGAGGAGGACGAGCCUCUGGAGGGUGGUGAUGACUCAGAGGAGGAGGAGGACCUGCCCGAGGUGUUGACCAUGGGAGCUGCGAAGAAGGCGAGCGCAAAGAAGAAGGCGAAGAAGGUGAUGUCAUUGAUGGCAGGCGAAAUCUAUGAUUUUGCACUGGUCAAAAAGGCACUGGAUAGUGUCGUUCCGCAAGCUACCAUCCAAAAGAUCAAUGUGGUACACGAUGGGGAUAAUUCUGACUCCGAUGUAGAUGAAUUCUUGUAA